GUGUGUUGACUUCAACAGAGCCACAGAGCGGCGGGAGUGGGUCGCCUGUGAGGCACCAUCAAAGCGGAAAGCUUCACAGGCGUGCAGUUGAGAGUGGAAGUGCCGUGAAGUCGUACAAUUUUCUGCUGCUGCAGCCACAACAUGGAGGAUACCGACAGAUUAAUUUCCCAAAAUGGGAAGAAAGUGCUGCACCGCAGCAAUGGACACAGCAAUGGGGGCAUGGAUAAGAGGGUCGUGGGAACAUUCACUGAGGAGCCCCUCUUCAAACCCCGCAUCACAGAGCAGAGCCUCGCGGGGGUUCUCUUCCUCAUCACCGUAUUGAUUCUCAUCGGAAAGCUGACCUUCAUGUUAAAGUCAUCCGUUCAAUCUGCACUUGAGUGGCGACAACUUGUGAGGGCGAUGUGGAUAGAUCCAGCUACGGGGCAGGAGUACAUGAAAUACUACUGGGAAUCGGGCUUCCGUGGGCAAUAUCUCAUUUGGCCACUUCUCUGUGGAUUGGCUGCAUUUGCUUUCUCAUGGAUAAUCACGUACUUUGAUAGCAGAGUCCCAGGAAUUGAUCCUCCAAUGCCAAACUUCUUUGGAUCAUCUUCAAAUUCGCGAAGAUAUUCAUCACAGAGGAGCACAGGGUGGUCUCUGGCCUACCAGACGAGCUUCCUCACGGGGCUUCUUACAUUUUUCGUCUUCCUCAUAAGUCACAAAUUAUAGAGGAAAAUGAAAUCAUUUUUUGAAUCAUUUAUUACUUAAUUUAUUUUAAGACUAAUUCUUUAGUCUGCGAUAGCGGGUAUUAGAUGUAAAAAAUAAUAAAUAUUCCAACAUUUUGUAUUUAUGCUUCUUAUCAUCGCUCUAAUUUAUUUUAAUUUUCAUUUAUAAUUAGUUUGUAAAAUGUGACUAAAAAGGAAAGAAAAAAAAACUCCCACGACAUUAAAAAUUCUCUCGCAUUUGGUAAACAAAUACCAUAUUAAUAUUUUCUUUUCACAGCUUAAAUUAAUUAUUUUUUGUACGUAUGCGUGUUAAUUAAGUUGAGGAAAUGGAAAGAAAUUCAUAUUUUGACAUCACAAAAUGCAAAUAAAUUUAAAUUAAAAAAAAUAUUUGAGCUGCUUCUUCAGAAGCUUUAUGAAUAAAUUUCUCGAAAAAAUGCAAUUGAAAUUCCAAAAGAUCAUGCUGCAAUGUUAGAGGAAAUAGAGAAUUAGAAGAAUUAAUGUAUUAUAUUGUUAAAGCUUUCUGUGAGACAUUCAAAAGAGAAUUCUGUAAAUAAGAACAAUAAAAUUAUUCUUUUGGGAGUGCCUCUCCAAAGGUAAAUUCCGAUGGAACCUUUGUGAUUAA